ACGGAAGCAGGGAAGCCUGGGUGGACAGUGUACGCAGCAUGCAGUGUUGUGUUUCACAACGACGAGGGUGUGAGUGUGUGCACCAGCGCCGCCUUCCCCAGCUACCCUCCCCUCAUCCUCCUCUUUCCUCCACCCCAACCAGGAAACACGGGCCCGGCUCAUCUGAAGCCGUUUCGCGUGAGGAGGGCAGAAAUGGCGGCCAACAUGUACCGGGUCGGAGAUUAUGUCUUCUUUGAGAAUUCCUCCAGCAACCCUUAUCUGAUCAGGCGAAUAGAGGAACUCAAUAAGACGGCCAGCGGGAACGUGGAGGCCAAGGUGGUCUGCUUCUACCGACGGAGGGACAUCUCCCACAGCCUCAUCCAGCUGGCAGACAAACAUGCCAAGGACCUGGAGGAGGAGAAGGAGAGCCCCAGCGAGCCAGAGCUCACGGACAAACAGAAGCACCAGCUGCGCCAUCGAGAGCUCUUCCUGUCCCGCCAGUACGAGUCGCUCCCGGCAACGCACAUCCGGGGGAAAUGCAGUGUGGCGCUCCUGAACGAAACAGAAGCGGUCCUCUCCUACCUGGAUAAAGAGGACACCUUCUUCUACUCGCUGGUGUACGACCCCACGCAGAAGACCCUGCUGGCAGACAAGGGCGAGAUCCGCGUGGGCCCGCGCUUCCAGGCCGACGUCCCGGACAUGCUACAGGAGGGCGAGCCGGACGAUCGGGACCUGUCCAAACUGGAGGAGAAGAUGUGGGACCCGCACUGUCCGCUCACCAGCAAGCAGAUCGACCAGUUCCUUGUGGUGGCACGUGCGGUGGGGACCUUCGCCCGGGCGCUGGACUGCAGCAGCUCCGUCAGACAGCCCAGUUUACACAUGAGCGCCGCCGCGGCCUCUCGAGAUAUCACGCUGUUCCACGCCAUGGACACCCUGCACCGGCACGGGUACGACCUGUCCAGCGCCAUCAGCGUGCUGGUGCCGCAGGGCGGCCCGGUCCUCUGCCGGGACGAGAUGGAGGAGUGGAGCGCGUCGGAGGCCAACCUGUUCGAGGAGGCGCUGGAGAAAUACGGCAAGGACUUCAACGACAUUCGGCAAGACUUUCUCCCAUGGAAAUCUCUGACCAGCAUCAUAGAGUAUUACUACAUGUGGAAGACCACAGACAGAUACGUGCAGCAGAAACGGCUGAAGGCAGCGGAAGCAGAGAGCAAACUGAAGCAAGUUUACAUUCCCACAUAUAAUAAGCCAAACCCCAACCAGAUCAGUAAUGGGAAGAUGGCCACCAUGAACGGAGCUGCAGGGGCAGGCGGAUACCAGAUGGCGGGAACUGGGCGAGCCUGUGAGAGCUGCUUCUCUAUGCAGUCUGCUCAGUGGUACUCCUGGGGCCCCCCCAACAUGCAGUGCCGUCUGUGUGUGUCCUGCUGGCUGUACUGGAAGAAGUACGGGGGCCUGAAAAUGCCCAGCCGAGCUGAGGGGGAGGAGAAGAUGCCCGCAAGCCCUGCCCCCAAUGAGCCUCGUUCGCGGGGCCACGGCCCCCGGCAGGGCUCCCACAUGGUGCCCAUGCGGAACAGCGGCAGCCCCAAGUCCUCCAUGAAGACCAAGCAGGCCUUCCUGCUGCAGGCCACGCGCCUCACCAAGCUGGCCCGUCACAUGUGCCGUGACCUCAUCAGGCUGCGCCAGGCGGCGCGCCGCCCCUUUGUGCCCAUUAACUGUGGCGCCGUAAAGGCGGAGUACUUGAGCAGAGUCCCAGACGGAGCGGGUCGGCCUGCUCGCUUCAGAGCCACACAGCGGAGCACCCUCUCCAGCAUCCUGCAGUACCUGGAGUCUCGUCCAGUGCCCCAUACUCCCCGCCCCCCCCGGACCCCUGGCCUGCAGGUCCAGCCCCCCAAGACCCUGAUCUCUUCACUGCCCAGCCACGGGCCUCUAGGAAUGCUGGGAAAGCGUAGCUACCAACACCAUAGCAGGAUGGACACAGAGAGGCGAGCAGCUGCAGCCGGCCAAGAUAAUUCCAGUCACGGUGUGGGACCUGUCUUGCACAAUGGGAGGAGUAGUGGCAGCACUCUACGGACUGCUGGAACAAUGCUUCGCAAGAGACGCCCUAACUGGAUCGAUGCCCCUAAUGACAGUUUCUUUCUCGUUUCCAGGGAGACCAGUGCCCCAGCCGUUAGACAGCUUCUUAUGGAGAGUCCGAAGAUUUCUGUCCCGUUCCCAGCUGAGGAGAGCCUGUAGGCAGCCCUGCGAGCAGAUCAGCGUGCGCCGCGCCCCGCAGGGGCCUCCCCCAGGACUGACCCAGGCCCCCCCGCACCCCAGCCUGAGGACCCGGGGCCCCAUUGUCAUUCAGGACUGAACUAUUUCCACGUUUUCCCCUCAUCAGCCUCAGUAAACCCGCUCUUUCCUCCCUCUGCACCCCCCACGUGACCCCGCUACCACACUGACCAAUUGGCCACCGCCUCCUGCCCCCAACCAUACCUUCAGCAAACACCUCACUCAACAACAUGUUGGUGAUAUUGGUCAUGGGAGGAGAAACCCUCCUCACCGUCAGGCUCCCUCUAGUGGCAGACCUGUCAAUACACCUCUUUAGCGGCAAUAAGAUGUACAGUGCCAGUUCUUUUUUCUUCUUUUGUUAGUACUGAACUCUUUUAGCAGAAAUCAGUUUUUAAUGGUCUGCUAAGGUAUUGGAAACUGUACAUGAGGUAAUUUCUGCCCUUUCCUAUCUCCUGUGAGCUUAAAUUCUCUGUAAAUAAUUGUGCGCUUUUCUUUUUAAAAAUCUGAGAUCUUUUUUUUUUUUUGCCCUGGAUGAUUGGCACGGAAACUUGUUUAUCCUUGUCACAUCAAUCACUUUACCGACAAUCACUCAUAACCAAGCAUCUGUGAUGAUGCGUGAAUCAAAUUCACUGAACAGAGAAUUUAUACAGACCGUGGUUUUGACUGGGUGAGUAGUUUUCACUCACAUACAACACGCCUGUUUCACUGAGGUUCUGUAAACAAACCUCCCGGACAUUCUCUAAAUGUGCCUGGCGCCCAGAGAUUUUUUGCAAAAUAUUCACAUACCGCACCAUCAGAACGACCAGCUUUGAGGUGUCGCAAGCACCUGUUGUAGAUCCGAACCGCAUGAAUAAAUGAAAAAGUGAAUUUUC